AUGUUGAUCAGGCUGAAAAAGAGAAAAAUCCUGCAGGUCCUCCUGAGCACCGUGGUGCUAAUUCUAUUCGUUUGCUCUUUACAUAAAGAUGCGUCCUUCAGUUGGCUAAAUGCCACCAAGCUCAGGUUACCGUAUCUGGCAGGGUCCAGUCACAGAAGCAAGUUUUACUCCGUUCUGGUUGAUGCUAUCGUGCAAUGCAAGCCGAUGGGCUCCCCUCCAGACUUGGCCAAGCUGCACGAUGCGGAAGGGUGCACAUUUGCAGGUAACGUUGCUGCACAUACCUCCGAACGCGAUAGCGAGUUGAGUUACGAGAGCUUGAAUAAAUGUUACAGGCUGAACACAACGGUACAAGAAGGUUUAACGGCAAUGCACAAUAAGUUCACAGAUAUCUUAUCGGGAAAAUUGAAUUUCUCGUUUGCGCAAAGAGAGGCCCUUUUCCCCGAAUCCGAGGGUAUUGUUACCAUUGGGGGUGGGAAGUACUCUGUGCUGGCAUACACGAUGAUAAAAAAGUUGAGAGAAACGGGUACUACGUUACCUAUUGAAGUUAUUAUCCCACCACAGGACGAAGGCGAUGACGAUUUUUGUAAAAAUUGGUUGCCAAAACAUAAUGGUAAGUGUAUAUAUUUCUCGGAUAUAGUUCCUGCGAAGUCGCUGCGUGAUCUAGAACUUACUCACUUCCAGCUGAAGGUCUUUGGGCUGAUAAUCUCCAAUUUUAAGCGCAUAAUCUUUAUUGAUGCAGAUAAUUAUGCAGUGAAAAAUCUCGACCUGGCUUUUAAUACGACAUCCUUUGAAGACACCGGGUUAAUCUUGUGGCCCGAUUUUUGGAGGCGUGUCACUCCUCCGGUCUUUUACAAUAUUAUAGGUUCGACCAUCAACACUGGCAAAAGAGUUCGUUUUGUCAGUGACGAUGUGUCCCCAGUGUCGCGGUAUGAUCCAUUCGUCAGCGACUCAAAAGACUACAAUCCAGAAGAAAUACAGAAUCACUUCCUAAGACAUGUUCCCUUACAUGAUAUGGAUGGUACCAUGCCAGAUUUGACCACUGAAUCCGGCCAAAUGGUUAUUGAUAAGAUUCGUCAUUUCCACACACUGUUGUUAGCACUUUAUUAUAACGUCUAUGGGCCUACUUGGUAUUAUAAGAUGCUCUCUCAAGGUACUGCUGGUGAAGGUGACAAAGAGACAUUUAUUGCUGCUGCCCACGCUUUGAAUGUGCCGUACUAUCAAGUGAAAACUAAGUUUGAAUUCGAUGGUUUUUACUAUAAAAAGGAUGAUUUCAAAGGUCUUGCCUUACUCCAACAUGAUUUUGAACAAGACUACAGGCAUUAUCAAACGGCGCAGCAAAAAGUCAAAGCUAAUAUCGGCGAAUUUUCCAAACUAAAUCCAGAAUACACUUUGGACAAAGGUUUCCUGAAAAAUUUGAUGCUUAAUGAUGACGGUUCUGAUUUGGAUAUUAUGUUCAUUCAUGCAAGCUUUUAUAAGGCGGACCCAUGGAAUCUAUAUCAUGAAAAAAGGUUUAUUGGUCCCGAUGGCAAACAGCUACGUGGGUUUAAGAAAUUGGGUCGUUACGGAAUGGACUUCGAGCUGUUUUUAUUUGAUGAUAUGAAAAAAUCCUUCUGUACCACUCCAAAGAACCAAGUUCUCAGGUUCAAAUACUUUGAAGAUAAAAUCACUACGCCUGAAUGGGAUGCGAUGUGUAAAUACUUGGCCGACCAUGUUGAUUAUUUGGAACGCACGCAUAAAGAUGCUAUGCUUGGCAAGGAAUAG